AUGUCCUCCAUCACUCUCUCAGACCUCGAAUUCAUAGACCGCGAAACCCUCGCCUCAACUUUUACUCCUUCCACCUCUGAAGCUACAGACGCACAAUCCAAACGCAGCCUCCCUGCCUCCACAGCCAUCAUCGACGUGCGCGACAGUGACCACAUCGGCGGCCACAUCCGAGGCUCCACAUGGGUUCCCUCGAGCGAUCUCGACUUCAAGCUGCCUGAACUGCUGCGUACGCUACAAGAUAAAGAGACUGUGGUGUUCCAUUGUGCGUUGAGUCAGCAGCGGGGGCCAAGUGCUGCGUUGAGGUACCUGAGGGAGAAGGAGAGGCUGCAAGGAAGUGGGGGAAAAGAGGGAGGGGAGAAGGAAGGAGGAAAGAAGCAGAAAGUGGUGGUGCUUAAGGGUGGAUUUACAGAGUGGCAGGAGAAAUAUGGGAUGGAUGAGGAAUUGACCGAGGGAUAUAAGAAGGAUAUUUGGGAAUUUGGGUCAUAA